CAAUACAAACUCCUUGAUGGAUACUGACCGUGCCAGUUAAACAGGGUGAAGCAGUAGGUGGAACAUUGACCUUGGCAUUAGACUGCCUGGGGACCUGGAUUCAAAUCCUAACCUGUUAUUUUCUUUUCAUAUGAUAUUGGGUUGCCAUGAAGAAAAUGCUUGGGGCCCAAGGUUUUGGACUGACCGACCCAAGACUGUGCUAUCUUCUAGAUGGCAUCCUCUUCAUCUAUGGAGUCAUCGUCACAGCCCUGUUCCUGAGAGCGAAGUUCAGCAAGACUGCCAGAGUCUCCGGCUACCAACAGGACCAGAAUCAACUCUAUAAUGAGCUCUCCCUAGGACGCAGAGAAGAAUAUGACGUUUUAGAUAAGAGAAGAGGCCGUGACCCGGAGAUCGGAGGAAAACAGAGAAGGAAGAAUCCUCAAGAAGCUGUGUACAAUGCAUUGCAGAAAGACAAGAUGGCGGAAGCAUACAGUGAGAUUGGAAUGAAAGGAGACAACCAGCGGAGACGAGGCAAAGGAAAUGAUGUCCUGUACCAGGGCCUCAGCCCGGCCACCAAGGACACCUAUGAUGCCCUCCACAUGCAGCCCCUGCCUCCUCGUUAACAAGAAUGUACUGCCAUCGCCCGACCAUCCGGACAGGUUUACAAGGACACAGCAGUUAAAACUGACCCCCACCAAGAAAAAAAAAUCCCCCAUUUCCCAGCAACCAAAACAGCCUCUCCUUAACCUGGCGGAUGAAUCUCAAGUUAAUGUUUGGCUAUGUCUAACUCCUCUCUUCAGUGAGCUUGCCUUUGAAUCUUUCAGGGGAUUUCCAGCCUCAAGGAUUAUGAUUCUGUAGUAAUAAUAGUAAUAGAAUACAUUUCUGAAAAGGUUUACCAAGCACUCUUCUCACCACCACCGUUCAGGGUUCAGGUAUCAUUAGCUCCUAGGUGUAGGUGGCCAAUCAAGCAACGACUAUGAAGUACCUAGAGAGAGCCCUGUGCUAGGAGAAGGCUCUGGAGGAUUUGGUCUUAGGUCUUCUCCUGGCUCAGCCGUAUCUCUAGGCCAGUCGGUUUUUCCCUGGGACUCAACGCUCAUGUUUGUGCAGUGGAUGGAUGUCCCAUUCCACAGAGGUGCUGUUAGCUUCUGCUGUGUGAAGCCUCGAGAGAGGCUGCAGGUGUUUGCUGUUGUUGGAAGAGUCGGCACCAUCUUGCCACUAGGAUUUAUGCCCCCUUGGCUUGACUCUUGCUGUAGAUUUUGCUUCUCUGCUUUGUUGCCCCCUCCUCCCCCAUUUAAAUUUCUGUUGCCCCCCCUCCUCCCCCAUUUAAAUUUUUGUGGCCCCCUCUCCUAUUUUAAAGUGACUCAUCUGUUGAGCUAGUGCUGGAAGUAACCUUAGAAGUCAUUUAGCUGGACUCCUUCAUUUUACAGAAUGAAGAGAAUGAGACCCAAGAGAGUGGGUGACUUGCCUGGUGUCCCCCAGCUUGUAAAGAGCUGAAUCAAGACUGAGACUUGGGUCCUGUGUCUCCCAAUACUCCCUGUGAAAGAUCUCUGCUGGGGGUGAGGAGGGGAUGGGGGGGGGGGAGGGUCAAGUGAUACAGUCCAUGCCAAUAUGUAGCAGUCUAAAUAGGAUGAGGGAAGUGGAGGCAGAGGGUAAAAAUAGAUGGGGAGUUGGGAGAAGUUAUAGUAGCUUAGGCAGAAUCCUACAGAACAGGAAUGGGGCACGGAGGAGAAAGAUUAAGACCGUUACCAAGAAGGCACUGAUGGAUAAUCCAACACCUCAUGGACUCAUAAAAAUUAAGUUUGAUGGUGGCACAGCUCUGGAGGAAAAAAUAGAAGAGGGACCAACUGGAACUAAUGUAAAUGUCAUACAUGGGUAAUCUGACAUUUGGCCUUCUGGUUUUUAUUUAUACUUGUUUGCUGAAUCCAUGUGAUUUUUUCCCCAAAUAAAUGCUUCAAUGAAAAUGCUGUUUUACGUUAAAAAUAAUAAAAAGGUCAUUUCAGCAGUC